AUUUUGCAGGGAUCCUUUCUGCUCCUGAUAACACUGUCAAGUAAUGCCACUUAUACAGUGUUAGAAGAACAAAAGCCAUGUGCUCUCCUCAGUGUCAGUGUUGCAUUGAUUGGUCCCAGUGUCCUGUACCUCAUCAAAUGCCUGUGGAAGAUAAUAUUCAAAGAAUCAAAGAAACCCUCAAGGAACACAGUAUUGUGGGUGAUGGGUAUUGAAUUCCUGGUGGCAUUUGGGACAGCGAUUCUCACCAUCGUUGCCAUGCCGUUCUUCGACAUUGUGACAAACGCAAUGAUUCUGAAUAGCAUCAGUCUCCUGUCCUCGAUCUUCCAGGUGGUCGCUCAGUUCUUUGCAAAGGAGAGGAAGCGCUUCAUAGUGCCCCCGAUCAUCUCAAUAGUCCUCAUACUGGCAGGCUAUGUGCUCUUCAUCAUCAGCUACCUGCAAAUAAGAGACGAUAGAGAGAUGAAGAUCAGGAUCGGCCUUGCUAUAGUGGGAACCAUCUUUGUCUCACUGAACUGGUGGGAGAACUACAGCACCCUCUUCAGAAACCCCUUCCUAAACAGUAUAUCUGAAGACAUAGCGAGAUCCAAGAAUCUUGUGGGCAUCCUGUCCAGCGUGGUUCGGAUCCUGGUUACUGCUGCCGUGGUGGGGGCGUAUGUCCCUCUGUCUGGUAGAGAUUGGUCAUCGGUGACAUCAGUUCCAGACAACGUGAGGAGGGUGAUCUGGAUCUUGGUGGGGAUCCAGAUAGUGUCCUCUGCUCUGUGCCACUGGUUCGUUGUGGUGGCCUGUAAAAUGCACGCUAUACGUCGGAGUUUCCUUCUACCUGUUUACCUGGCCACCUUAGGGGUUGUGGCAGCUUUCAUAGCUCCUGUCAUUAUCUUCUACCAGAAUUUGAGUAAAACCAAUGGUGCUAAUUACACAAUGACAGAGUACUGCUUUGACAUCACAAAUGGCAAUGGCCUAAGUCAAAACGCUGUCUGGUAUGAUAAACUAGUUUGGGAUAUCACUCAUUCCCUCUGUCCCAAUGACAUGACCAACCAAAGAGAAAUAGGCUUCUUAGUUGGCUCUUCACUCUGCUGGUGGUUGGGUUGGGUGCUCUGCACUAUCUACAUCUGGGGACUCCAGCUGCAGCGAAUCGAGAGGACCGAGCAUCUGCUUGUGAGAAGGAUGUACGAAGGGGCCUUUAUGGAACAGUCCAUAAUGCUCAACACGCGUUUUGAGAUUCAGAAGAAAAUAAAAUGUGUCAAACAGGUUGACCCAGUCACAGUGUUUCUGUGUGCAACAAUGUGGCACGAGAGUUACGAUGAAAUGAUGAAAAUGAUCAUCUCAAUGUUCAGGCUGGACAAAUACAGACCAAGGAAUAACACCAUCAAUGAUGUGAAAUUUGAGUCCCACAUUUUCUUUGACGAUGCUUUUAAAGACGUGAAAGGCAGCAAAGAACGACAUGUGAACGAAUAUGCAGAGGACCUGGUGGAAGUCGUCAAAGAGGUUUACAAGAUUUUCAAUGAGGAGGAUAAAGGCAUCUUCAGAAAAGCGCGAACCCUCCCAUGGCAAAGGAUCAUUCGUACCCCUUAUGGUGGUAGACUGGAGUACACCCUCCCUCAUGGUAACCUGCUGAUGGUGCACUUUAAGGACAAAGAUCUCAUCCGGCACAAGAAGAGGUGGUCUCAGAUUAUGUACUUGUACUACCUUCUCGGCUGGCGACUCACCACCAAGUAUUUCAAGACAUUUGAAGAUUUUGAAAAGCAGGAGGAACCGUUUCAAAAAGAAGUGGAUGAAGAGUUUGAAAAGGAAGGGGAAAACAAAGUGAAAAAAGGGGAAACAGAAGAGGAAAUAGAGCGCAAACUCAGAAUGGAAAUGGAGAAAGAGAAGGCCAACACCUACCUCCUGGCUCUGGAUGGGGACACAGACUUCCAGCCUUCUGCUGUAAUGCUCCUGAUAGAUCGACUGGUACGCUACCCAGAUGUAGGUGCGGCAUGUGGAAGGAUCCAUCCAACAGGCACAGGUCCUAUGGUUUGGUACCAGAAGUUUGAGUAUGCUGUGGGCCACUGGCUUCAGAAGACAGCAGAGCAUGUGUUUGGUUGUGUGCUCUGCAGCCCCGGAUGCUUCAGUCUGUUCAGAGGUGCAGCCCUCAUGGACGACAACGUGAUGAAGAGAUACACCAUCAAGGCCUCAGAGGCUGCCCACUAUGUACAAUACGAUCAAGGUGAAGAUCGCUGGCUCUGUACUCUCCUUCUGCAGCAGGGCUGGAGGGUGGAGUACAACGCUGCAUCAGAUGCCUACACCAAUGCCCCUCAGGACUUCAAGGAGUUCUACAACCAGAGACGGCGCUGGGGUCCCUCCACCAUGGCCAACACCAUUGACCUAUUAGGGUCAGGGUCUCUGACCUCCAAGAGGAACCGCUCCAUAUCCCAACCAUUUAUCCUCUACCAGGUUCUCAGCAUGGCUGCUUCUAUCCUAGGCCCGGCCACCAUCUGCUUAAUGCUCUCAGGAUGCUUUGCACUUGUCCUUAAGAUUGAUGCCAACCUUGCUUUGGCAUUUGCCGUGGUUCCUCCUGUCAUAUAUCUGAUUCUGUGCUUCAAGCUGAAGUCAGACACACAGAUCACCAUAGCAGCCGUCUUGAGUGUCUUGUAUGCUUUCCUCAUGAUAGCAACUGCCCUUUCCAUCAUAGGUAAUAUGGUUACGGAGAACACCGUUUGGACCCCCAGCGCACUGUUUCUCAUUUUUAUGGUGCUGAUGAAUGUCAUCACAGCGGCUCUCCAUCCCAAGGAGUUCCCUUUGAUCAUCUACGGCUUCCUCUACUUCAUCUGUAUCCCCAGUGGCUACCUCCUGCUGACCAUCUACUCCAUGGUCAACAUGAACAAUGUGUCCUGGGGCACCAGGGAGACAGGUGGCCCAGCUGCUCCUAAACCACCAACCCAGACCAUCACACAGCGCAUCCUACAGGCCAAGUGCUGCAAAUGUCUCUGUUGGGACUGUGGUAAACUGGCAGACCAGAAUGGCCAGGGGACAGAAACAGUGGCAAUGACUAAAAAGCCAGAGGACAACCCUGAUCGGAUCUACUGGGUAACACAGCUACAGAAAAAGUCCCAAGACUUCCCUCUGAACGAAGAGUUGCUUUUGACGGUGGAGUUCUUCUAA